UUUUUUUUUUCUCCUCCUCCUCCUCCUCCCCUCCCUCAACCCCUCGCGCGCGGCUGUUCCGGCCUCGUCGCCUUCGUCUUUCCCCCCCGGCCCCCCUCCCGCACGGACGGCCGUGAGGAGAACUGCGCGCGCGGGACCGACAGACCGGCCGGACGUCGCCUCCUCCUCCCCCCCCCGGAACGUGCCCGCCCGAGCGUCUUUCUCCUCCUCAGCGGGGCUCCCCUUUCCUCUCGUCGACUCUUUUUUUUUUUUUCCCCUCUCUCUCUCUGUUAUUCUCUAUUACCCCCCACCCUCACCCCGCCCGCCCGCCUGCCCGCGCGCCCCGUAAUUGCGGUGGUUGCUGCGGCCGCCGCCCUCGUUCUUCCCCGGCGGGGGUCUCGGCCGGGGCCAGCGGCCUCCUCGGCCUCCCGGCUGGUUCCUCCUCCGCCUCGCCGCUUUCUCUCUCUCUCUCUCUCUCUCCCCCACCCACCCCCAACUCUUCUUCGGCCGGGAAAGGCGUUUCAGGCGCCGGGGAAGCGCCGGGAGAAGGUCGCCCGCGGCCGGGCAGCCGGGCCGGCGGGGGUCGCCCGGGGGGCGCCUGAGGAGAAAAAAAAGGAGGAGGAAGAAGAAGAACAGCCGCCGCGUCCGCCCAGGAAGGUUUUUAAGCUUUUAAGGAGUGUCAAAGCUGCACACCUUUAGCGCGGGAAGAUGAGUGAACUCGAUCAGUUACGCCAGGAGGCUGAACAACUAAAGAAUCAGAUCAGAGAUGCUAGGAAAGCCUGUGCUGACGCUACCUUGGCCCAGAUUACAGCCAACAUUGAUCCUGUGGGUCGUAUUCAGAUGCGCACUAGAAGAACACUGCGAGGACACUUGGCCAAAAUUUAUGCAAUGCACUGGGGAACCGAUUCCAGGCUUCUGGUUAGUGCAUCACAAGAUGGAAAACUGAUCAUUUGGGACAGCUACACCACAAACAAGGUCCAUGCCAUCCCAUUGCGUUCCUCUUGGGUCAUGACCUGCGCAUACGCCCCUUCCGGAAACUAUGUGGCCUGCGGUGGUCUCGAUAACAUUUGCUCCAUUUACAACUUGAAAACACGCGAAGGCAACGUCCGAGUAAGCCGUGAGCUGGCAGGCCACACAGGCUAUUUGUCCUGUUGCCGGUUUGUGGAUGAUAAUCAGAUUGUGACCAGCUCUGGAGAUACUACUUGCGCCCUGUGGGACAUAGAAACCGGACAGCAAACUACCACGUUUACUGGCCACACCGGCGAUGUCAUGAGCCUAUCCCUCGCUCCGGAUUCCAAGUGUUUCGUCUCCGGUGCCUGCGAUGCCUCAGCCAAGCUGUGGGAUGUCCGAGAAGGGAUGUGCAGGCAGACCUUCACCGGCCACGAGUCGGACAUCAAUGCCAUUUGUUUCUUCCCCAAUGGCAACGCUUUCGCCACUGGCUCCGACGAUGCCACGUGCCGGCUUUUCGAUCUCCGUGCCGACCAAGAGCUCAUGGUUUAUUCCCACGACAACAUCAUCUGUGGCAUCACCUCCGUAGCAUUUUCCAAGAGUGGGCGUCUCCUGCUAGCCGGUUACGACGACUUCAACUGCAACGUGUGGGACACGCUCAAAGCGGACAGAGCAGGCGUCUUAGCUGGCCACGAUAACCGCGUCAGUUGCUUAGGUGUGACCGACGAUGGCAUGGCGGUGGCAACAGGAUCGUGGGAUAGCUUCCUCAAGAUCUGGAACUGAAAACCUGACAGUCCCUCGACUCCCCGCUGAUCAGAAGAAUUUUUUUUCCCCCAAUGGUUGAAAGUUUAAAAUAAUGUAUCCAACUCAAUAUACUAACUUGGAUCCCCUUCCCUGCCUCUCUCUCUCUCUCUCUCUCUCUCUCUCUCUCUCUUUCUUUCUUCCCUCCCUCCCCCUCUCCCCCCUUCCUAUCCCACCACCAAAGUCCAAAAGCAAAAGUCUUGCCGAAGCAAAGAGCACAAUUCUCAAAAAAGGAAUCACCACCGUUGUUAUACCAGUAAAUAGCAAAAGAGAUCAAAAUUGUGCAUUCCACUGGGGACCACAUGUUAUUAUUAAUUAUUAUUAUUAUUAUUUGGGGGGGGGUUGUCUAGAGAAAAAAAAAACUUAAAAAAGAAAUCACACACGCUUGUUGUUAAGCAUGCCCGGGCAAAACUUUAAAAGCGAAGUAAAACGAUACGAUAAAUAAGUAAGGAAAACAAAACACCUUGUCAAAAAAGCGAAAGAUAACCUUUUAAGUUUCACUGUAGUUUGAACAAACAAACAAAGGCAAAGCAUACUGACUUUAUGGGUUAUGGUGGGAAGGCUUCGUUUUAAUCUCAUUUUCAAAACUUAGAAGUCGCGUUCGUAGCAAGAUCUAUAUCUCCUCUCUCUCUCUCUUUCUCUCUCUCUCUUUUUUUUUUUUGGUCCAUGUUUCCAUGCCCUUUUUUCCCUGUCUUAAUUUUUUUUAAUCUUUUUUAAAUGCAAUUUGCUUUUUAUGAUGAUCCAAUUUCGAGCCAAGAGAAAAGGAGUUCCCAACCCAGAUGUUUCUGGGGGGGGUUGUUAAAUGCUGUAAAUUUACUCCCUGGAUUUACUUUUUAUUCUUUUUAUUCUUCUUUUUUUUUUUAAAAAAAAAUCUGUCUUAAUGUCACAAAUCGUUGCACAAAUAUUGCAUAUAUAUGAUAAUGUUAAGAAGAUAACCAAGCACACACUGUACAUGGUAUUGAAUGUUAAAAAAAAAAUGUUUUCACUUCUAUGGGUAACAAAAACAUAAAAUAAAAUACGUUCCCUCUUUUUUUUUUUUUUUUUCCCCCCCCCCCAAUCUCGCCCGGCGGGCCAAUUUUUCAUUUCCUAUCUGCUGAGUUUGAUUGACUUAACGCCGAAGACUAUCCCAUAAUUUCGAUCAAUCACCAGAUUUGGUGGGUUCCGGUUUCAGGAGCGAGGCUAAGGAGGUGGGGGGGCUGGGAAAUGCGAAAUAAAACCCACCAGCAGAACCUUUGGCUGGGUCUGAAGCAAGAUUUUUAUUUUUUAGUGAAAAACUACGAUCGGAGGUUUUUCUAAAUUAAAACAAUUAUGAUGGAAAAGUUGGGGGAGGAGGGAGGGGCACGUUUGGGAUUUGCCAAUUUGGGGGGGGGUGUUGGAUUACUCUUAGAAUCGCAUGCUGUAGAAACGCUGAAGUGCAUAAUAAAACUAAGACGUCCUUCUCUUUGUGUUUUCUUUCGAGAAAUUAACCUCAUCCUUUUUAUUUUUAUUUUUUUUAAAAAAAGAAAGAAAGAAAGAAAGCAACUAGUUAAGGGUUGCUGAUUUUCCUUACCAAAUGGGGUGCAUUAAAAACGGAUUUCAACCGAAGAAUUGGGAAAAAAAAUCUCCAGACGUCUUUUUUUUACACAUCUGGAAGCAGGGCGAUAUAAAAGUCAUCAUUUUUAAGAACGUUCCCCCUCCGCUUUCUCUCCCCCCCCCAAUCCCCCUCCCAAAUUUGAAAGCAAAAAGUCAGCUGUUUCAACAAUCACUUAGAUUCAAAUUUGGGGUAGAGAAAGGAGAAAGACAGGGAAGAAAAAAAAACGGGGUCGAAACCCUUUCCAAUUAAAGCCGCUUUUCCUCGCUUUGCAUUUUGAAAGUUUGAUGAGCAUUUGGACAGCAAAUUGUUUGGAUAAACUUUUCGAUUCUUCCUCUCCUCCCUUCCCUUCCCCCUCGCCCCACUUUUUUUAUUUUAGCAGUGAUUUUUUUAAAACCCUCUUCCUUUUUCACUCUCUUGCGUUCCCCCCUCCCUGCGACAUUAUGUACAAAAUGUGCUGUAAUCGUGCAUUUUUUUUUUAAAAAAAGGCCUGGGUUUGGCAUCUUGAUUCCUUCUUUUUUUUUUUUUUGGAUUUUUUUUUAAUCACCCUCUUUCCUCUUCCCUUGCCCCCCUUGAGAUAAAUCUCUGUAGAGCUUCCUCUGCGCACACACACACCCCGAUUCCUUCACUUUUUGUAUUUAAUUUUAAAGUCGGUGUACUUCAAGAAAGCUGGAUGCAAGAUAGAUCCUAUAUUAAAAUGUACUGUUAUUUAAGAUGUAAUAAAGCAGUUUGACAUGAA